GUAAUAAGCUUUGCACGCCAGCUAUUCCCUUGCUGGUUAAAUUCAAAGCAAGCUUUUUUUUUCCUUGAAUAUAAAUUGGUGGGGGUGGAGAGAGAAAAAAGGAACUGGGAAAAGAGGGGAAGUUAAACCUUCUCUCCCUCCCUGUCAUCCUCAGAAAACCAAAUAUGGCAUCUUCCAUGAGGAGCUUGUUUACUGAUCACAGCAGAUACGUUGAAUCUUUUCGAAGGUUUCUCAACAAUUCCACGGAACACCAGUGCAUGCAGGAAUUCAUGGACAAGAAGCUGCCAGGCAUAAUAGCAAGGAUUGGAGACAAAAAAUCAGAAAUUAAGAUUCUAAGCAUUGGUGGAGGUGCAGGUGAAAUUGAUCUUCAGAUUCUCUCCAAAGUUCAGGCUCAAUACCCAGGAGUUCAUAUCAACAAUGAAGUUGUUGAACCAAGUGCUGAACAAAUUGCCAAGUACAAAGAGUUUGUAGCCAAGUCAUCAAACCUCAAGAACGUCAAGUUUGCUUGGCAUAAGGAGACAUCAUCUGAAUAUCAAAAUAGAAUGAUGGAGAAAGAAGAACUUCAGAAGUGGGACUUUAUUCAUAUGAUUCAGAUGCUGUACUAUGUAAAAGACAUCCCAGCUACCCUGAAAUUCUUUCAUAGCCUCUUAGCUGCCAAUGCUAAGAUUCUUAUUGUUCUCGUGUCAGGAACCAGUGCCUGGGACAAGCUGUGGAGAAAGUAUGGACCCCGCUUACCCCUGGAUGACCUCUGCCAGUAUGUCACAUCCACUGACCUCACUCAGAUGUUGGACAAAUUGGGGACCAAGUAUGAAUGUUAUGACCUUCUGUCCACCAUGGACAUAUCUGACUGUUUUAUUGAUGGCAAUGAAAAUGGGGAACUGCUUUGGGAUUUUUUGACAGAAACAUGCAACUUCAGUACAACAGCACCACCUGACCUCAAAGCAGAAAUUGCAAAAGAUCUACAAGAGCCUGAAUUCAGCAUGAAGAAAGAUGGAAAGAUUCUUUUUAAUAACAGUCUGAGUUUCAUAGUGGUUGAGGCAUAAAUAUCAAUCAGGAAAAUGUAUUCAAAAAUUAUAUUUUAAACAGUGUUGUUUAUUUCUUUGUUAAAAUUACAAAUACAUCUCAUAAUAUAAAUAGAGUAUUGUCUCUUAUAUGUAAAAUCUAGAAAAUUCCAAGACAUUCUUGAACUUCCACAUAUAGUCAUAUAUGAUAUUGCUGGUCUUAUCCCACCCCUUCCCCAGGUAAAGAGACAACUUGCAGACCAAAUACCACAUUAACUAAAAAAAAAAAAA